AUGGGACUUAUCGUAGACCCGAAAAGGUAUGUCGAACACUGGCGUCAACGUUUUGCCAAGGAAAGUGUUGAUAUGAUAUUUCCACGCGUAGAGCCAAAAGAGGGGGAUAAAUACUUUGGGGAAACCGACUAUUACUUCAACAUGUCCGAAACUCUGCCGGAAGAUUAUUCUGUUCGUCAACGUUUGGCUAUGCGUCGUCUCGAGGAAGCACUUUCCUGCCAACAGCGAGAGAGGGAAGACACCAAUUUCCAGCAGCAGUGCAUUUUUUGUCGCUAUACAGCUCGUGGCAAUAGGUCAAAGAUCAUCCAUCAUCUUUACAUGAUCCAUCAUCUAAAUCUUGGCUCGCCGGAUAACCUCGUUUUCGUCACCGAGUACAUUGAACACCUCAAGGAGAAGCUACAGAGAAAUGAAUGUAUCUAUUGUGAAAAGACCUUCGGCGACCGCAAUAUUCUUAUGGAUCAUAUGCGAAAGAGAAAUCACAGAGAGGUCAAUCCGAAAAACCAUUACUAUGACAAGUUUUACAUCAUCAACUAUCUGGAACUUGGAAAACGUUGGCUGGAUGUACUUGCUGAAGACUUUGAAGAUACUAUGCCAACAUUCCUUGAUUCGGAUGAGGAGGAAGAAGAUAACUCAUGGUGUGAAUGGCACGAAGACAACGUGGACGCAGAUGAAACCAGAGUUGUUUGUCUUUUAUGUCAUGAGAGUGAUGACACUGCUGAGGGUCUUCUGGCUCAUAUGAAGGAGAAGCAUGAGUGCGAUCUAGUAAAGCUGAUUGAUGAAAACAGACUUGAUGUUUAUCAGCGCAUGAAACUCAUCAACUACAUAAGAAAACAGAAUUUCAAUGCCGUUUGUUUUGUUUGUCAACGCAGUGACCUUGGAAACACUCAAGAGCUUGCCAAGCAUUUGCAGGAGAACGAAAAGCCAAUUAAGAACCUUCCGGACAAAUCACUUUGGGACACCGAUGAGUUCCUGGUGCCAAUCUUUGGCAACGAUAAUUUCCUCUGGAGGCUUGAAUCCUUGCUAGAAAGUCGCGAUGGAGCAAGCGAUUCCGAGGAACGAUCCCGCCGAGAAAGCGAGAAGGUCUUUGCUGCAUUUGUGGCUGAGAGUCGAAAGAACACAGUUGAGGGGGUCAUCGCUGAGGACUUACCAGACCUGCACGAACUUAACGAAAACGACCUUGACGAGUUGAUGUAA